CUGACAUUAAAGAUAGUCUGACUCUUUUGCUGCCUUUUGGCACUAUUUCAAAUCGUACAGUUGUUUCUUAUCGUAUUCUGUUUGUGUUUAAACUCGUAAAUUAAGUUUUAAUACAACAGAAUAAUGGCACUGUCCUGCCAAAAAGAUAGUUACCUGAAAGAGUUGAAUAGCAAAGUAGUUUGUUGUGAGAAAGCUCAAUGUCAGAUGAUAAUCAAUGGUAAAAAGUCUAAGAUUAAUGGUUUUGAAGUGAUUUUAGAAGACACAAUCUUAUUUCCAGAAGGAGGAGGUCAACCAUAUGAUUUAGGCACACUGAAUGAUAUACCAGUAUUAAAAGUAACUAGAAGAGGUGAUAAAGCUGUGCAUUUUACAGAAACAGACUUGGAAGUCAGUAAAGAUGUUCAUAUAAAAGUUGAUUGGCAUAGAAGAUUUGAUCAUAUGCAACAACACACAGGACAACAUUUAAUAUCUGCACUGGCUGAAUCUAUAUUUAAUUUUUCAACUACAUCAUGGAAUUUGGGUGAAAAAACAUCUUUUAUUGAACUAGAUACACCAGAAAUUAAAGAUAAAGACCUUCAACAAUUAGAAGAUACAGUAAAUGAGAAGAUACUAGCAGGACUAUCUGUUACACCACAACUUUUUUAUGAUAAAGAUGAUCCUGAGUGGAAAAAGGCAUCAUGUCGAGGUCUACCUGCUGAUCAUGUAGGACCUAUAAGAGUGGUCCGAAUAGAAGAUGUUGAUAAUAAUUUAUGUUGUGGUACACAUCUGUCUUCUCUUUCACAUUUACAAUGUAUAAAGUUAUUAGGAGGUGAAAAGGGUAAAAAAGGAAAAACAAAUUUAGUGUUUGUAGCAGGGAAAAGAGUAUUAGACUAUUUAGGUAGAAGUUACAGUGUAGAAAAGGCCUUAACACCAAUUCUAAAUGGACCAUUAGAUAAACAAGUAGAAUUAGCAGAUAAAGCUAUUAAAGGUUUAAAAGCAUCACAAAAGUCGUGUACCAAUCUAUUACGUGAUUUAGCUGUAAUGGAGGCUAGAUUGUUUAAUAUGAUGGUAGAUAAACCUCCGUUAUAUAGUAUCCAUAGAAAAGAAGGAGAUAAUGAAUAUAUGAAUAUUAUUGCUACAGAAAUAGAAGAUGAUACACCCUGUUUUCUAACCACUGGAGAAGAGAAAGGUUCUGGAAUGUUUUUACUGUGUGGACCUCCACAAUUUCUAACUCAAGCUCAAAAAAAAGUUAUGGAGUUAUUAGAAGGGAAAGGAGCCUGUAGUGGAGGUAGAUUAAGAGGAAAAGCAAAUAAAUUAUCUAACAGAUCCGAAGUUGAGAAAUACUUACUGAAUCUUUUGUCAGAAUCCUGA